CGGAUUGUGAGACACCCAGAGAGCCAGAGACAUCUCGGGAGUGUAUGAAGCUGACUAUCAAGUUCAGGCUCUCUUCGCCACGUAAAGUCGGUCUACGUUAGAUCACGAUGAGUACAUCAGAGUCUUUGGAUCGUAUGGAAGUGUGUGAAAGCCUCUUAACAUGGAUCCAGACAUUUGGAGUAGAGGCUCCAUGCAAGACUGUAGAAGACCUGACAAGUGGUGUUGUCAUGGCACAAGUUCUACAGAAAAUAGAUGUAGUGUAUUUUAGUGAUGCUUGGAUUAGCAGAAUCAAGCCAGACGUUGGAGACAACUGGAGGUUAAAGAUCAGCAAUCUAAAGAAAAUCUUGAAAGGCAUCCUAGACUAUAUCCAGGAGGUCUUAGGCCAGGAUAUUAAUGACUUCCCACUACCUGAUGUUAAUCUUAUUGGAGAACACUCUGAUGCAGCUGAGCUUGGAAGGAUGUUACAACUUAUAUUGGGCUGCGCUGUCACCUGUGAACAGAAACAAGAAUACAUCAAAACCAUAAUGGUGAUGGAAGAAUCAGUGCAGCAUGUUGUCAUGACUGCCAUCCAAGAGCUGAUGACUAAAGAGACUCCAGCUACAGGAGGAACUGACUCAUAUGUGGAUCUGGACAGACAGCUGAAGAAGACAGUUGAGGAGCUGAAUGAUGCUUUGGCUACCAAGGAAGAGAUUGCCCAGAGGUGUCGCGAGCUUGACUUGCAGGCUCUCCGUGCCCAAGAGGAGCGUGAUAGACUGAGGUUAGACUUUAAUGAGCUAGAAGAGAGGGUGGCAGCCCUGCAAGAGGAGAAGAGCAGUUUGCUAGCAGAAAACCAGGUCUUAAUGGAGAGACUUAACCAGUCUGACUCCAUAGAGGAUAUAAACAGCCCUGCUGGACGCAGACAUCUUCAGCUGCAGACGCAACUGGAGCAGCUACAGGAAGAAACCUUCAGGUUGGAGGCAGCAAAAGAUGAUUACCGGAUCCGUUGUGAGGAGCUGGAAAAAGAACUUUUGGAUGUGAAGUCCCAGAAUGAAGACCUUACAUCACUGGCUGAUGAGGCCCAGUCUCUAAAAGAUGAGAUCGAUGUCCUCAGGCACUCAUCUGACAAGGUGUCAAAACUGGAGGGCACCGUGGAACACUACAAGAAGAAACUGGAGGACAUGGGACUGCUCAGAAGACAAAACAAGCUUAUGGAAGAGAAAACCACAGCUUUAAUGCAGGGUAAUGUUGGCUUAGAGGAAGAGCUACGAAAGGCGAAUGCUGCCAAAGCCCAGUUGGAGACAUACAAGAGACAGGUGGUUGAACUUCAGAACAGACUGUCAGAGGAGUCUAAAAAGGCGGACAAGAUGGAGUUUGAGUAUAAACGCCUCAAAGAGAAAGUUGAUUCUUUACAAAAAGAAAAAGAUCAUAUGCGAAGUGAGAGAGAUUCAUUGAAGGAAACUAUUGAGGAACUACACUGUGUUCAAGCUCAAGAGGGACAGUUCACAUCAGGUUUAUUCCCAUUGGGUAGCAACGAUGGUUCUGAUUCACUGGCUGCUGAGAUCACAACUCCAGAGAUGCGAGAACACGUGAUCCGUCUUCAGCAUGAAAACAAGAUGCUGAAACUGGCUCAGGAGGGAUCAGACAAUGAGAAGAUCGCACUGCUGCAGAGUCUACUCGAGGAUGCCAACAGGAGAAAAAAUGAACUGGAGACAGAGAACAGGUUGAUAAAUCAACGCUUGAUGGAGGAACAGAGUCAGGUAGAGGAGCUACAGAAGAAUCUUCAAGAACAGGGUUCAAAAGUAGAUGAUUCUUCUAUUUUGAAGAAGAAAUAUGAGGAGCACAUGGAAAAAGUACAAGAGCUGAAUAAUGAACUGCUGAAGAAAAAUGCCUUCAUUGAUGAAAUGGAGCCAAAAUACAACACCAGCAUCCAACGAGUGGAGGAGCUGGAAGAGGCUUUGAAGAAAAAAGAUGAAGACAUGAAACAGAUGGAGGAGCGAUACAAGAAAUACCUCGAAAAAGCCAAGAGUGUAAUCCGAACGCUGGACCCCAAACAGAACCAAGGUUCAGGUCCUGAAGUCCAAGCCCUAAAAAACCAGCUGCAGGAGAAGGAGAGGAUGUUGCAUUCACUGGAGAAAGAAAUGGACAAGACAAAGAGCCAAAGAGAUCACGAGGAGAAACUGAUUGUGUCAGCCUGGUACAAUAUGGGUAUGUCUUUGCAGAAGAAGGCUGCUGAAGAUCGACUCGCCAACACUGGUUCUGGUCAGUCUUUCCUGGCCCGGCAGAGACAAGCCACCAGCACACGGCGCCAGUAUCCCGGCCACGCCCAGUCAGCUACCGCCAGAUCCAUGAGCAAUGUCCCUGCAUGACUGGCACACCAAUGACCUGCCCGAGCCUUGUGUAGCCUGGCCUGUUCUUUAUGUGGCCUACACUGACCCCCAGCUGGGCUAGGCUGUGGCACGCGUGCAUGAACUACCUACCUGUUUGCAUGACUUUGCAUUGACUCAAGUCUGCGAAUAACCAGCCCACUAGCAGCAGCGCGAGCACUAACAACCCUCUGCGGUGUCACGCAUUAUAACCUCCAGACAAGCCCGGGGAGGAACGGGAUUGGAAAAGAAAACCUUCACUCUCCUUUCCCCUGUUAAUUUUUCCACCAUUCCGACUCCUUUCCCCUCACCCUGAUGCUCUUUGUUACAUUCUCUCCUCCUUCUCUCCUCCUCCCCUCUUGUAGCCUUCAUAAACAUGCCUGUUUGUUUGCUUCCACACUGCAUCAAGUCUGUUACACCUAUGUUACAAACAACCAGGAAAAAGGAGUGGAGUAAGCAAGUUAUCUGUCAGUCAAGUUUUGGGUUUAAAUAGGCCUGUUCUCUAGUAUUUAUGUCUAACCUGGUUUUGUUUGGCUGCUUAGGGACACCUCAAUGACAUAUUCCUGCAUAAUCUGUUUAUUUGUGUGGCUCGAGGAUUGGGGUAAUAUUUGAGAGGUAUAACCUGCAAAUAACAAAACAGGACUCCAUUCUGUUUUUAACUUCUACAGUAAGUAUUUUUUAUGAAAGCCCUGAACAUGUUGCUAGAUUGCAUCUUAAAAGUGCUUUUACCUCAAGUAUUGAAUGCAACCAGUUUUGGACUAAAGGCAACAAUGCUGCCCGAAAAGUGUUUGCAGAGAUAUAAAUAUAAAGUGUUUAAAUGAAAGACAUUGUUACAGAUGUGUUUUGAAAAGCAGUAAAAGCCCUCAUUAAGCCUGCUUGCAGUUUUUUGUUUUGUUUUGUUAAACGCACAUCUACAUAGUGUUUCUGAUAUUAGCCAAAUUUCAGUUGAUUCCUAAUUGAUUAAUAAUUUUUUUUAGAAGCAAAUAACCUGUGCCCUACCA